AUGCCAGGCAUCGGAGACACGCAGGGCGAUGACUGGAAUGACAUGGCCAAGCUCUAUAAGGAAUUGUCGUACGGGACAAGUGCCCUACCAACUGCCGCGAUGUUAGAGCGAACGAACGCUCUGCUGCCAUUCUCGGAAGCCACAGGCAUCCUGGAUAACGGCAGUGGCCCUGGGCCAGUCAUGCAACGUCUUCUUGAAGGCUACAAAGUUCCGAAUGACUGUACGCUCACCUGCUCAGACUUCAGCCAAGGCAUGAUCAACCAAGCUCUCCAGACCAAGGAGGAGAGUAUCAAGGCCGAUAGAAACUCUCCGUGGACUCGCAUGAACGCCAUUGUUCAGGAUGCGACAAACUUAGAUAACAUAGCUGAUGGCAGUCAAAGCCACGUCACUGCGGGUUUCGUGUAUUUCAUGACCUCGGACCCAAUGAAGGCAUUGACCGAGACCCGACGCGUGCUCAAGGAUGGAGGCGUCUUCGCCUGUACAUCGUGGCACAGCUCGGAAUGGAUGGACUUGAUGUAUCUCCUGCCCACAAUACGCCCAGACAAGGUCAUGCCCCAAAUGCGGCCUGAGUGGAUAGAUGCAACAAAGUUGAAAGGCGAGCUCGAGAAGGCCGGGUUCAAGGAUGUGGAUGUUCGGGAGGUGAAGACGCAGAUGGCCUUUGAGAAAAGGAAGCCACUGAUCGAGUUCAUGAGUGUGAAAAUGCCGCACCUGAAACCCCUUGUCGAGGACAUGCCGGAGGAGGAGAUUCAGAAGUACCAGGAUCUGAUGGACGAGGAGAUGAAGAAGAUGGAUCCAAAUGAGCCGGGAAAGUUGAAGGGGAUUACUCUAGUGGCAGUCGGUAAGAAGUGA